GAAAAGAAAAUAUUCCAUUAUAUCUUUACAGCCUUAAAAAAUUCCAAAGGAAUUUAUUCUAUAUGUUUGAUUAUGAAAAAUAGCUUCUCUUUCACUAUAAGAGAAAAAUACCACAAAACUCUCUUACCAAAAGCCUCAUAAUUUUGUUGAGUCUUUGUGAGAAGAAAUAUGGCUAGUUCUAACAAGAAGAUUGAGGUGAUUUUAGAUGAUCAAACUCCAAAUAAAUGGUGUGUUUCAUUAGGAGAAGAAACUUACAAAAGAUUCAUUAGUAUGGCUAAUCCAAUAGUUCAUAAGGUUUUUGGUGAUGGAUCACUUUUUAGUCCAAUGUUGUUUGGAAAAUUCUUUGAUCCUUCUGAUGCAUUUCCUCUAUGGGAGUUUGAGUCAGAUGUUUUGUUAUCUCAUCUAAGAAACUCUAACAAAAGCACUGUGGAUUGGCAUCACACAGAUGAAGGUUAUAUAUUAAAAGCAGAAACACCUGGAAAUGGGAAAAAUAACAUUCAAGUUCAUGUUGACAAAGGGAAGGUGGUGGAAAUUAGUGGACCAUGGAAGCAACAAAGAGACUUAAAGGCAAAUGAUUGGAAGUGUGGUCAUUGGUGGGAAAAUGGAUAUGUAAGAAGGCUUGAAAUGCCAGAGGAUGCUGAUUGGAAGAAUAUACAAGCAUUCAUAUAUAAUGAUAUAUUUUUAGAAAUUCAAAUACCAAAAUUCCAAAAGGGUUUUGAUCAUGCUCAAGGAAAAGGUGUUGCUUGAGAUUCAAUCAUGCUUGCAGAAGAAACAAUGUAAAAUUGAAAAUGAUCAUCAAAGAACAAAGCAAGGGACUAUUGUAGACUACACUAGCAAAGGAAAUUUUUUUAACGCCGUAAUUUUGUUGAAGCUCUAAAGUGUAGGCUGCACUGAAAAAUGAAACUUGUUUAUCAUAACUAAGUGUAUGUUUGGAUUGAUCGUGAGUUAGACACUUUGAUUUUGUUGAA